UUUUCAAAACCAUGUAAAAAUGCAUUAUGGGGUUACAAGGUAUGCCAAACAAUGUCCACAAGGAGAAGACGCCUCACUGCUUGAACGAAUGGGGUCCAGUAACAAAUGAUUGGCAUAAUACAGAGACGCCAGUAGACUUUGACAGUCACUAUUGCAACCAAUCCCAAAUGCAGAUGCUGUAGGUGGGCGGGCACUAAACAGGAAAUUUGCUCAAUCGAGGAAGCUUCUGCUCCACAGUGCACAUGUUUGUAAAUUAUCCAUAUAUUCAAUAUUAGACAGUUGAGUUUGAAUCCGGACGCUUGCUUUACUGGUCUUCUAAAAUCUCAUCCCAAGAAAUAAUAUCCUUUGACGGAGCACAGUAGCUGCCCAGAUGGGGAUGCCUGAGCUGAGGCCUAAACAAGACUGCUCUACAAGGUGGAAUUAAACAUUUUAUAUGUUGAAGUGGUUCCUUGAGGCAAAGGAUGUCAUCAUCUCUACCCUGGCCAUUGUCAAUGCACCUGUUGAUGCUCAGACCCAAGAUGAAUGGGAGGUGGUGGAGGAGAUCAGUGGAGAGAGUCAUGGGGGAGGUUGAGUUGUCCUGUCUCGCCUAUGUGAAGAUGUACCUGCACGCCUGUCUGUUUCCACGGUGCAGUGUCAAUGGGCUGUUGUUGUCAUCCAGCCCAGCAGGUGGUGCUGUGUGUGUGACAGACUGCGUUCCCUUGCUUCACACUCACCUACCAUUGGCUCCCAUCACCCAGCUGGCUCUCACACAGGUGGAUGUAUGGUGUGCACAGACACAGCAGAGGAUUGUAGGUUACUACCAAGCCAACGCCUGUGUGUCAGACAGCAGCCCUACGCCAUGUGCGUUGAAGAUUGCAGACAAGAUCGCAGAGCAGUGUAACAAUGCAGUUUUGUUAAUGAUUGAUGGUGGAAAGAUGUCUCCUGACUACAGGGUGCCUCCCAUCGUGAUGUAUGAGCGAAAAGAUACACGCUGGACCCUCAAAGACAAACACACGAUAAUGCUGCGGCAGUGGGAGGAGACUCGGGACAUAGCCAGUCAGCUGCUGGACUCUGGAGAUCACUCGUUAUUAGUUGAUUUUGACAGCCAUUUGGACGACAUCACUAGGGACUGGACAAAUCAGAAACUGAAUGCCAAAAUAGCAGAGCUUGCCUCACCAGCCAAUGGUAAUGUUUGAAAUAAGCUUGUAGAUAACUAACUUUUGAGUAACAUCUUUCAAAUUUAAAUAGUUGGAAUUAUAUACGGUAUGUCUUAAACCUGCUGAAACUACACAUAUUAUGUUAAGAAUCUUAUUUUUAUUAUUACCAUCUAACAGCCAAAUAAGCACAUCAUCCACGAUAAUUUCAAAAUAUGAAAUAGAUUUUUAAUAUGGUCAGGCAGAACACUGACAACAAGACAUGCAUAAAUAACUGAAAUAUUGACAGAUCUGUGCAGUCUUCCACCUAACAACAUUCUCAGUCCAGAGUGUGCCUUGUGUCAAACCCAGCAGCCAUGUUGUUAACCCACUUACAACCAUUAACAAAGCCGUGCUCAUAGUUCAAUGGCAUCACAACAUUACGUACAUCCUGACCCACUGCUUUCAGAGUGUGUAAGCUUAUCAACUCAUUAAACUACAUCUACAAACUA